CGAUCGUUUAGUCAAGCAUCGGCAGCGCAAGAGUGCAGAAGCACUCCUCAGUGAACGACGCCAGACUAAAAGUAGUGGAACAUUUGGAGGCCGGAACAAAUUUAAUUAUUUAAAGGGAAAAUACCAGCAGCUGGCAUUUAAGUUUCUCUUUCCUUAGUAAAAUGACUACAAAAUUCACGAUCAACGGAAAGCCGUACAUGGUGAAUCUCAGCAAUCUGCCACCCGACAUCACGCUGAACACCUUCAUACGAGAGCAUGCCCAGCUAACGGCCACGAAGUUCAUGUGCCUGGAGGGAGGAUGUGGAGCCUGUGUGUGCGUAAUGCGCGAUGGGACCAGCAGUUGGGCUAUCAAUUCGUGCCUCACGCUGCUGAAUACCUGCGCUAAGCUGGAGAUCAUAACUGCCGAGGGGCUGGGCAAUAAACGUACCGGCUAUAGUCCGAUUCAAAAGCGCUUGGCCAAGAUGAAUGGGACCCAGUGCGGCUAUUGUUCCCCGGGAUUCGUGAUGAAUAUGUACGGGCUGCUGGAGCAGCACGGCGGCAAGGUGAGCAUGACGGAGGUGGAGAACUCCUUCGGUGGCAACCUUUGUCGCUGCACCGGCUACCGUCCCAUUUUGGAUGCCAUGAAGUCCUUCGCGGUGGACAGUAACAUUCAGGUUCCCGCCGAGUGUGCGGACAUCGAGGAUCUGAACCUGGAGGCUCGCAACUGUCCCAAGACUGGGGCAGCCUGCAGCGGCAGCUGCCAUCGUUCGACUUUGGUCUACGCGGAUGGGAGCCAGUGGUCCUGGCCCAAGACCUUAACGGAGCUGUUUGAGGCGCUGGACAAGGUCGGCGAAGCAGAUCAAUUCAUGCUGGUGGCUGGCAACACGGCGCAUGGUGUCUACCGACGGUCAACGGACAUUAAGCACUUCAUUGACGUGAGUGGAGUGGAGGAGCUGCAUCGGCACAGCACUGACGGACAGCAAUUGCAGCUGGGGGCGAACCUAAGUCUCACCCAGACCAUGGAAAUCCUUCGAACCAUCUCCAAGCAGCCUGGCUUUGAGUAUCUGGAGGUUCUAUGGAACCACUUGGAUCUCAUUGCAAAUGUCCCCGUGCGCAAUUCGGGAACUUUGGCUGGAAACAUUGCGAUUAAGAAACAACAUCCCGAGUUUCCAUCAGAUGUCUGUCUCUCCUUCGAGGCUUUGGAUGCAAAGGUUGUGGCCAUGAAAAGCGCCACUGAAGAGCAGAAAAUAUCCCUCGCGGAAUACUUGAGGGACUCGAAUAGAAAACUGAUUAUCAAGGCAUUCCUCCUGUCUGCCUAUCCCAAGAACGAGUACAUUUACGAAUCUUACAAGAUCAUGCCACGUUCCCAGAAUGCCCAUGCCUAUGUGAAUGCUGCGUUUCUUCUCGAGUUGGACAGCGCUUCCAAGGUGCAGAAUGCUCGGAUUUGCUUUGGCGGAAUUCGCCCAGACUUUGUCCACGCCACUGCCAUUGAGCAAUUGAUGGUCGGACACAGUCCCUACGAGAGUGGACUAAUAGAGCGAACCUUCAAUACGCUUCCAAGUCAGUUGCACCCAGACGAGGUCCUGCCGGAUGCCAGUCCUGCCUAUCGCUCGAAACUGGCGUGCGGCUUACUCUACAAGUUUCUGCUGAAGCAUGCACCCGAGGCGCAGGUCGCGGAGAAGUUCAAGAGUGGAGGUCAGAUUCUUCAGCGCCCAUUAUCAUCGGGUCUGCAGGUGUACCAGACCCAAAGGCAGAACUAUCCGGUCUCCCAGGCCGUGCAAAAGGUGGAGGGCAUGAUACAGUGCUCGGGCGAGGCGACAUACAUGAACGAUAUUCUGACCACAGCCAACACAGUGCAUUGCGCCUUUGUGGGGGCCACUAAGGUGGGGGCCACCGUCGAUGAGAUUGACGCCAAGGAAGCCCUGCAGCAACCUGGCGUGAUUGCCUUCUACUGUGCCAAGGAUGUGCCCGGGACAAACAGCUUCUGUGUGCCCAGCUUUAACUUCAAGGUGGAGGAAAUAUUCUGCUCAGGAUUGGUGCGACACUCGGAGCAGCCUGUGGGUGUGAUCGUAGCCCUCAGUGCAGAUCAGGCGCAGAGAGCAGCAAAGCUUGUGAGGAUCAGCUACAGUCGGUCGAGCCCUGACUUCAAAUUGAUGCCCAGCAUUGGGGAUGUUUUUGCCUCUGCCACGCCGGAUCCGUCGCGUAUCAUAUCAUUGGACAUAGGGGAUCUGCCAGAGGUUACAUUCACCGACAAGCCUGAUGUGGAAGUUAGGGGCAUAUUUGAAAUGGGCCUGCAGUAUCACUUCACCAUGGAGCCACAGACGACGGUGGUCGUACCCUUUGAGGAUGGCCUGAAGGUCUUCGCGGCCACCCAGUGGAUGGACCACACUCAAGCUGCCAUUGUACACAUGCUCCAGGUGAAGGCCAAGGAUGUGCAGUUACAGGUUCGUCGAUUGGGCGGUGGCUAUGGGGGCAAGAUCACGCGCGGCAACCAGGUGGCCUGUGCCGCUGCCUUGGCUGCCUAUAAGCUGAAUCGUCCUGUGCGCUUUGUGCAAACUCUGGAGUCCAUGAUGGACUGCAAUGGCAAGCGCUGGGCCUGUCGCUCCGACUAUAAGUGCCACGUCAAGGCCAACGGAGAGAUCGUGGGCUUGACGAACGAUUUCUAUCAGGAUGCUGGCUGGGUCGACAACGAGAGCCCCGUUCGACGCUCGACCUUAACGCAACCAAAUUGUUACGGCUUCACGAAGGCUAACUUCAAAAACAAGGGCAACGCGGUGAUCACAGAUGCCCCCAGCUCUACCUCGUGUCGCGCUCCGGGAUCUGUUGAGGGCGUGGCCAUGAUCGAGAACAUUAUGGAGCACGCUGCCUUUGAGGUGCAAGCCGAUCCGGCAGCUGUGCGCCUGCUCAACAUACCCGCGACUCACAAAAUGUCCGAGCUGCUGCCGAAGUUCCUCGAGUCGCGGGAGUAUCACGAGCGGAAGAAGGAGAUUGAGGCCUACAAUGCGAAGAACCGUUGGAAGAAGCGCGGCCUCGGCCUGGCCGUAAUGGACUAUCCCGUUCAGUACUUUGGCCAGUAUCCCGCUACGGUGGCCAUCUACCAUGUGGAUGGAACAGUGGUGGUUACCCACGGAGGCAUCGAAAUGGGGCAGGGCAUGAACACCAAGGUGGCUCAGGUGGCUGCGUAUACCCUCGGCAUCGAUCUCAGCUUCAUCAAGGUGGAAUCUUCGGACACCAUCAAUGGAGCCAACUCAAUGGUCACCGGUGGGGCCGUGGGCAGCGAGAGUCUUUGCUUUGCAGUUCGCAAAACCUGCGAGAUCAUCAACACCCGACUGCAGCCGGUGAAGAAGAGCAGCUGGGUGCAGACUGUACAGGCGGCCUAUGCAAAGUCCAUCAAUCUGAUCGCCUCGGAUAACUACAAGAAAGGCGAUAUGAAGAACUACAACAUAUACGGCAUGGCCCUCACCGAAAUCGAGCUGGAUGUCCUAACCGGGAACAAUCAAAUCAAGCGCGUGGACAUCUUCGAGGAUACCGGGGAAAGUCUCAGUCCAUACAUCGACAUUGGCCAGAUCGAGGGGGCCUUUGUGAUGUGCCUGGGAUACUGGCUAAGCGAGGAGUUGGUCUACGAUCGCGAAACGGGCCGCCUGAUUACCAACCGCUCCUGGAACUACAAGCCGCCUGGCGCCAAGGAUAUACCCAUUGAUUUCCGCAUUGAAUUGGCCCAGACACCCAAUCCCAAUGGCCCAGGAUUCAUGCGUUCCAAGGCCACGGGAGAGCCGCCUUGUUGCCUGGCCGUCAGCGUGGUGUUCGCACUGCAGCAGGCCCUGCAGUCGGCCCGACAGGACGCCGGCCUGCCACGAGAGUGGGUGCGCCUGGGGGCCCCUUCUACUCCCGAGACACUGCUUCUGAAUGCAGGACAUGAGGCGACGAGCUUUAAGCUUAAAUAGAGUUGAAAACAAUUUUUA